AUGCACAUCUCUGCCAUCCUCCUCACGCUGGCAACGGCUAUCUCUGCUGCCCAUGCACUCUGCUACGAAGGCGGCAGAUCAGGCAAGUACGGCGAGUGGCUGAAGGGGAAAGACACCAUCCUGGAAGAAGAACGCCUUAGCUUCGCAUGCACAUCUCUGGUCGGCCGGGGCGACGUGAAGUUCCAUGCUUAUGAGACAAGGAGUACAUGUAUGCAACAGGACCUGCGUACCAAAUGGGACUUUACAAUUAAGAGAGUGAGCGACCCGGGAGGUGACGGCACGGCUUCGAUGACGAUGGACAAUUGCUUGGAAUAUCUGAGGCAGGAAGCAUAUGGCUGCGAAUAUGGCGGAAGAAUUCAGAACUGGGACUGGGAUAUCACGUAA